AUGUCUUCCCUCCCCAACACCUCCACCCGCCUCCAACCCUCUUUCACAGCCGCCUCGCACCCCACAGAAACCCCCUCCACGCAAAACAUCAUCACCGCCCUCAACCUAGAAACCCACAUCGAAGGCGGGUACUUUUGCGAAAUCGACCGCGACCCGCUACUCAUCCCCAACCCCUUCCCCCAAUCCCCCUCCCCCUCCAACACCCAAACCGCGCCCCUCCCGUUCUCAGGCGACAACUCCGUCCGCAACGCCAGCACGAGCAUAUACUACCUGCUCACGCCGCCGUCGCCACAGGGGCAUUUUCACCGCAACAAGGGCCGCACGGUCCAUACGGUGAUCGAGGGGCGCGGGACGUACGUGCUGAUUCACGCUGAUGAGGAGGGGGAGGGGCAUGGUGGGAAGAGGGUUGAGACGUUCGUGGUUGGGAAGGAUGUGAGUAAGGGGGAGAAGGCGGUGUGGAUUGUUGAGGGGGGCAAGUUCAAGGCGAGUUAUCUUCUGCCUUGUGAGGGCGAGGACAGGUUGUUGAUUAGCGAGACGGUGGUUCCGGGCUUCGAGUAUGCGGAUCAUGAUUUUUUGACGAGGGAGGGGUUUGAAAGGUUGGUGAAGGGGGAGGUGAGGGGGGGGUUGGAGUGGUUGGUUAGGAGGGAGUGA